AUGUCUUCCACCACUACUGCCACUCCCGACUCCGAGUUUCGGGUCGAGGUCUUCGCGACGCGCGAAGAAGCCCUGCAGUUCAUCGACAGCUACUACAUGAAGUGCAACAAGCACUGGUACGACGUCCGGGAGCGCGUCGAGCUGUACAAGCGGUCCAACAAGCUGUUCAAGGAGGAGCGGGGUUUCUACGUCGUCACGACCACCAUCACGGGGUGCCAGGUCCAGGUCCCGAUCGAGCACAUCCGGGACGGCCCGUUCUGGGGCCUCGUCGCGCCUGAGCUCUGCAGACGCGGCAGGUUCGCACGGGACCUAAAGGAUUUGAGCGAGGAUGACAUCAAGGAGCUUCUCAAAGUCAGAACCAAAUUCCGCCCCUCCCUAAACUACCGCACAAUCCACCAGAUGAUCGGGGCGGUCCAGGCGCGGCCCGAGGGACCGAUCCGCAAGGACGACGCCGUCUUCAGCACCGUGGCGAGUGUCCGCUGGGGCUGGGACCCGCCGAUCAAGUACACGGGCACGCUCACCGCCAAGCAGGUCAGCGAGAAGCUGGCGUCGACGCUGGAGGGGUGGGAAGGCAGCGAGCAAGGUCGGGGGCUGAACCGGCAGCUGCAGGCGAUCAAGGACGAGCGGGCGGGCAGCGACAUCCCAAUGCGGAUCAGGAACGUGAUCUGCAUCGCGCUCGGCACCAUGACGGAGGAGGCGGCCAUGCUGCAGCACUGCCUGGCGCUGGGGCUGGCGAGGCAGCUGGGCGCCCGGGAGAUCUACAUGCAGGACCCGGCGUACACGGCCGCGGACAAGAGGGCGCUGCACCAGCACGGCGUCAGGAUCACCACGGACGACCGCAUAUUCAACCACAUAUACAGCGACUCGGUCGUCGUCUGCAUCGCGCCCGGUUUCCCCGCCUUCGAGCUCAUGCACGACAAGGUCUCCAGCUACGGCGAGUGGCCCGCCGUGCUGAUCUGGGAGCGCCUCCAGGAGACCAACAGACAUCUCGACCGCGUCACGCCCCGGGCCCAAUACUUGAUUGCCAAGUAUGACGUCCUCGAGCUCGACUGCCCUCUUGACCGCAGCGCGUUUCUCGACACCACCGUCUAUGUCAGGGAACGGAACCAGCUGUUCUCGGGCAUGACUAGUGACUAG